AUGACCUUGGGGCGCAGCCGGGCGGCGUCGGUGGUGCUGAACGUGGGCGGCGCCCGGUACUCGCUGUCCCGGGAGCUGCUGAAGGACUUCCCGCUGCGGCGCGUGAGCCGGCUGCACGGCUGCCGCUCGGAGCGCGACGUGCUCGAGGUGUGCGACGACUACGACCGCGAGCGCAACGAGUACUUCUUCGACCGGCACUCGGAGGCCUUCGGCUUCAUCCUGCUCUACGUGCGCGGCCACGGCAAGCUGCGCUUCGCGCCGCGGAUGUGCGAGCUCUCCUUCUACAACGAGAUGAUCUACUGGGGCCUGGAGGGCACGCACCUCGAGUACUGCUGCCAGCGCCGCCUCGACGACCGCAUGUCCGACACCUACACCUUCUACUCGGCCGCCGACGAGCCGGGCGCGCUGGGCCGCGACGAGGCGCGAACCGGCGGCGCCGAGGCGGCCCCCUCCAGACGCUGGCUGGAGCGCAUGCGGCGCACCUUCGAGGAGCCCACGUCGUCGCUGGCCGCGCAGAUCCUGGCCAGCGUGUCGGUGGUGUUCGUGAUCGUGUCCAUGGUGGUGUUGUGCGCCAGCACGCUGCCGGACUGGCGCGCCGCGGCCGCCGACAACCGCAGCCUGGAUGACCGGAGCAGGUACUCCGCCGGCCCUGGGAGGGAGCCCUCCGGGAUAAUUGAAGCUGUCUGCAUAGGUUGGUUCACUGCAGAGUGCAUCGUGCGCUUCAUCAUCUCCAAAAACAAGUGUGAGUUUGUCAAGAGACCCCUGAACAUCAUUGACUUACUGGCAAUCAUGCCGUACUACAUCUCCGUGCUAAUGACGGUGUUAACCGGCGAGAACCUGCAGCUCCAGAGGGCAGGAGUCACCUUGCGGGUGCUUAGAAUGAUGAGGAUUUUUUGGGUGAUUAAGCUUGCCCGUCACUUCAUUGGGCUUCAGACACUUGGGUUGACUCUUAAGAGAUGUUACCGAGAGAUGGUGAUGUUACUUGUCUUCAUUUGUGUUGCCAUGGCGAUCUUCAGCGCACUCUCUCAGCUUCUUGAACAUGGGUUGGACCUGGAAACAUCCAACAAGGACUUCGCCAGCAUCCCCGCGGCCUGCUGGUGGGUGAUUAUCUCUAUGACUACAGUUGGCUAUGGCGACAUGUAUCCGAUCACAGUGCCUGGAAGAAUUCUUGGAGGAGUGUGUGUUGUCAGUGGGAUUGUUCUGUUGGCAUUACCUAUCACAUUUAUCUACCAUAGCUUUGUGCAAUGUUAUCACGAGCUCAAGUUUAGAUCAGCUCGAUACAGUAGGAGCCUCUCCACCGAGUUCCUAAAUUAGUGCAUCACAAACCAACUCUGGCAUACGCUCUGGUUGAUCAACGGGGCCGAUGCUACUUCAUAUUCAUGCUCAUUCUUGCAGGGUGAGCACGUAGCAGUACUGUCAUCCUGUUGGCGUAGGGUACAAAUGAUUCUUUCCAGGUGGAGGGAGAAAGCAGUACAUAUAUUGCGGAGCCAAGAGCUGGGAGACUGCAGAGCAGAAGUACGGAAUCCUAGAGUAAGGGCUAGGACCGGAUUGUAUUUGCACGCAUCUCCUCCUUGCCUUGGACAAGUACAUUUUGUUUGCUUCCUGAAAGCACAUGAUCCAAACCUUAUAAAACCCAAAGGAACCAUUUUCCAAAUGGUUCUCCAUUUUAUGAAUUUAGAAAAAGGUUGGAACUUUCAGUACUUUUUUGGGGG